CCUGUAGUAUUUUAAUUUUUGGAAUUUACCGUGCCAAACUGAAAGUUGUACAGUCAAAUUGGCCACUCAAGUAUUUCAUCUGUUUCUACCUCGAGUACUGUGUUGACAAACACAGGGAACAAAAAGCAACAAUGUUUGUCUUAUCCCCUGGAGACACUUAGAAUGAAAGCAUGGGGUCAGACGAGGUGGUCGACGUGAGAGGUGUGGGGUCUCCGCCUCCCUCCUCCUCAACCGACGCGAAAUCUUCCACAGGUGAUCAGUACUUCAGCGACGAUGGGGGCCGGGACUCGUCCGUGUACGGUGCUGCCACCUUUACCCCGGACCAGUACUACUCCGAUGGGGGCGAGAGUUUCCAAUCGUUCUAUUCCGGCCGCGACUCCGGGGAGUGGGACGACGCGCGGCUACCGUCCGCGACUACCUCGCAGCCGGAGGAGGGGCGAGAGCAGGCGGGGUCUGCUGCUGUAAUAGAAGAAGACGAGGACCCGAGCGCACCGCCACCCGAGGAGGUGUCCGGCGGGUUCCGCGCAGUGGCGGCCACGCAUGCUUUCCGAGCAGAGGAACUACCUGCGAGUAAUACCCAUGCGGCGAUCAACAUCGAGAGCGCGCAUGAUCAAACGCGUAGUGCAGGUUCGAAGGAAACUACGCGAAUAUUAUCCGAAGAGACGAAAAUAAUAACACCGGUCCAAGCAGUAGGUGAAGUUGAAGAGACUGCACCCGCAUCUGCAGUGCCGGACAGCAACGUCGGUGCGGAACGAGCAGAACCGGACAGGAAUACUCAUCCGGCUGCUGAAGCGCGUGAAGAGCCGCAGGGAAACAAGCGAAAGAAGAAAAACAAAAACAAAAAGUCCAAAGAGUCACCGCAAGUGGAGCCAAAAAAGGGUGCUGAUCCGCCAGUGGAGCCACCUAUUUUGGCUGCGGAUUUGGACACCACUCCGGCGCAGAAUGUGCCCGAGACGAGAGAACCGGCACUCGCGAAUGGAAACGCUCAUGCACCAGAAAAUGCGCGAGUGGAUGAAUCGCAGGAUCUCAAUCAGACACAACCCCCUCCGGUGCAAACCUCACAGUUACCCGAAGAACCAUCAGUGCCACCAGUGACGACGAGUAAAACGAACAAGUCCAAGGAAAGCACGGCCGCCAGCCGGAGUAAGAUGGUUGUCGGUGAGGUGAAGAACAAUUCGCCGGGUGCGAGCCCCAGCUCCUCUGUCGAUCCCGAGCGUCGUCCGGAAACGUCGGCCACCGCAAGCGCCAAGAGUUCCAAGGAGCGCGUGGUCAAGCCCGCCUUUGCGGUGAUACGCGACCACGACGAGCAUGAUGAGCACGACGGUCCGGAGUCGGAGCUGGACGGCUCCGUGCGUACGCCGGUUUGGGCGGCCGGGAGUGCGGAAGAACCCAUGCAGGCCCCUGAGCAACUACCGACAGCACGAGACAGUAAUUACAAUCCAGUUGCCUACAACAGCGACUCUGACGACGAUGUCGUGGUUGCGCAGCCCGCGGGGCAAAACCCGAACUACAGGCGCGCCGCCAGCGACGAAGAGGACGAGCAGGAGGUUGUGAAUAACAACUUUGGUCAACAGCGCGAACCACGGAACAUCAAAGUUCCCGCGUCUGUCCCUCUCGCCGACCCACAGGACAGCUCCUAUGUGAAGCUGGAGAUCAGCAACGCAGAGGCGUCGAAGUCUAGCAGCAGUGUGGAGGACCCGGAUUUGGUGAAAGUGGAACACAUUGCACCAGGACCGGCCAUCUCGACGUCGCAGUUUGCGGAUUCAUCAACAUCGCAGCCACAAGCGACCUCCCCCGACGACGAGAGUCGGGGAAGAACGCCUCUCGAGCCGACGAGCAGCGGCAGCGCAUCCUCCUCGUCGUCGUCGUCAUGGCGCGGCAAGAAAAUAUGGCGGCACAGUGAGAAGGCCAGGCACCUGGGUGAGACGGACGAGAUGGCCCGCUGGUGGAAGCACCGGAACCACGUGUUCGUGUUCACGUUUUCGGGAAAGCCAGUCUACACCAGGUACGGCAACGACGAGGAAAUAACGCAAUUUGGCGUGCUGCAGGUGAUCGCCGCCAAGAUGGCGGCUUUCUUCCACCAGAGCAACGGGAAGGACGUGUUGCGGAGCAUCACAACGACGCAGCGCCGGUUCGUGUUUCUGGAAAAGGGGCCGCUGAUCAUGGUGUGCAUCACCGGCCACCUCACGCUCGCGCACCAGGCGCUCGAGCACCUGCUCAGCCGCGUGUACCUCCAGUUCGUCACCAUUGUCACCUCCACGGUGGAGCGCCAACUCAUGCAGCGCCCAAACCUGGACAUCCGAAACCUGCUCUCGGGCACGCAGCACGUCAUCGGAAAUCUCGUGCGCUGGGGCUUCAACGACAUGCUGCUGCAAGUGGAAGGUAAGAAUCACUUGUAUAAGAAAGUACAAAGUGCUGGAAGGUGUAGUAAGUUGGACUCGAUGAAAAGCUUCUAGAUGGACUUCUUCGUGGAGGAGACAUGAACGAAAUAAAGCGUACCGCAACAGAUCCAUCUUUUUUGUUCCACAAACGGACGACAAGAUUCGGGUUCGGAAUUUCGCUCACGUUGGCAGAGACAGGCGCAGGGCUUUGUUUCUUCGUGCAAGAGCUUAUGAUAAUGAAAUCAUAUGUCAUACUCCCUUUAGGUAUCGAGCCGCUCCCACUCGACCCGGCCAACCGCAACGUGGUCACGGAGGCUCUGCGCGGCGUGCGCAAGAUUCCGAACCUUCUCCUGGCUUGCGUGAUCGCCGGCCACCGCGUGGUUUCCCUCGUGACCAACCGGCAGACCAAGCAGAGCGCGUCGGGUUCCUCGUCGAUAAAACGGGAUUUGGUGUGCGUGAUCAAUUACAUCCUGUCCUCCAACUCCCUGAAGGGGUCGGAGUCCUGGACCCCGAUUUGCCUGCCCUCCGUAUCUAUCAAAUGCAAAAAUGUCUGGGUCUGGAAGAGUCGGGACUUGUCAUGCACAUUUUGCAUGACCCGUGAGCUCUGUGAUGCUGGUGCUAGCAUCACAGAUUUUUUGAGAGCUGCUCGAUGCUAAUUACGCAUGAGAAAUGCCCUCUCCGCGUGCCAAGAGCUGACUCUUCUUGCUGCUCAUGCAACACAGAUAUUGUUAGAAUCCGCAGACAGCAUUACAAGUUCUUUCUUCCAGACCCAGACAUUUUUGCAUUUGAUAGUAUCCGACCGCGCGUUCACGUACGCGUACAUUGGGUACGUGCCCAAGACGGAGGUGUGCCAGAUCUUCUUUUCCUACGACAACGCCGGGCCGCAGUUCAUGGCGAUCUCCAGUGCGGCGCGGAAAAUCACACAGCAGCUGCGGGACACCAAGGUGCUGGAGGCCAUUGAGGAGGCCAUGGCCGGGUGCCCGAUCCUCAUCUCCAGCAGCUUCCGCCACAUGCACCUCGCCCCCUCCUACUUGUCGCACUCCUUCCAGGGGCAGCUGGCCUGGCUGCUCGACAACGUCAUCCACGGCUGCUACUUCCUCGAGGUACGAAUAUUAUAUCAAACCGGAUUUGUUAAUUGAUGCUUUUCAUUUGUGUAUUUGUUCUGUCUUCAGGUGGCAAUGUGAAGGUUAAGUGGCUGUGUUUUUCUCGUAGAGCAGUGCUUGAAGCACUGCGCGUGCUGUUGGCUCUACCACUACUUAUGGAAAUGUUAAGUAUCUCCUUACACCGUCUUGUGAAACUACAUACCUUUCAGGCCUCGCAGCAGUAUUUCACGAGUGCAGUCCGGGAGCCCUACGACCCCAAGUACAUUUUUCGCAACUACUCCAAGUGUUCGGAACUGAUGCUGCACUGCGCACGACCCAGCCAGAUCUGCGUGGCCACUGACAGCGAGUGUUUCUAUGUGUGGCUGCAGCAAGAUUUCCGGAUGUUCCUGACCGUUCCCCGCGGGAUCAGCACUUCGGUGAUCGGGCAGUUUUACCAGUGGGUUCAGACGCAGGAACUUUUCAUCUUUCUCGGCAACACCCCAACUUGGUAGCACGGAGGGACGAGUUACAGCUACAGGCAGGUUUCGGAAAAGCCGCGCCGGUGAGUUGUAAUACAUAGUACCUCCCCAGGACGACACCUUGGCGACUCCUACCUAGCAUUUUUUCUCCACCUGAAAGAAUGACGUGUGUCAUUUCUUGCAUGAGAUUAUUUCCUUCUAUUCGCGACAUUACAUGCCUCCAUAUUAGCAUAGGACUCACCUUUCAACAGCGACCGCUUAUGAAUGAGAAAAGAAUGGAAUCAAU